CUGUGUCAGAGGAGCAGGUUGGUGUGUGAGGUUGAGCUUCCCCGCUCUGGCGCGUCUCUGCUCCUCCGGCUGAAAUGGGAUUUGUGCGCUCCGAGUGGACACCGACCGGUUCCUGCGCUCCUGCUUCUGUCCGUCUUCUGGUCUCCUUCAGCCGGGGAAACCCUGCAGCGCGAGUGUGAGCGCUUACAUCCGCACCGAACAGCGUCUCUCUCCCUCCCUCUGAAGCCCGUUUGUUUCCCGACGCUUCAUUUAUGGACUAAAGAAGCUCCGAGUGAGCGUGUUUGUAAUUUCCGUUCACACAGCUGAAGAUGGAGACGGUGAUGGAGAGGGAGUGCAGCGCGCUGGGGGGGCUUUUCCAGACUGUUAUUGGAGACAUGAAGGGCAGUUACCCCGUCUGGGAUGACUUCAUCAGCAAGGCCAGCAAACUACAGUCACAGCUAAGGACGACGGUUGUCGCUGUAGCAGCCUUCCUGGAUGCCUUUCAGAAGGUGGCCGACCUGGCAACUAACAGCCGAGGGGGGACCCGGGACAUCGGUUCAGCCCUCACCAGGAUGUGCAUGAGGCAUCGCAGCAUCGAGGCCAAACUACGCCAGUUCUCCAUGGUGUUUCUGGACUGUCUGAUCAACCCUCUACAGGAGCAGAUGGAGGAGUGGAAAAGAGUCGCCAACACUCUGGAUAAAGACCAUGCCAAAGAGUACAAGAAAGCCCGUCAGGAGAUCAAGAAGAGAUCAUCAGACACUCUCAAGCUGCAGAAGAAAGCUAAGAAAGCUGAUGUUUUCGGCCGUGGAGACCUGCAGCCCCAGCUGGACAGCGCCAUGCAGGACGUCAGCGAUAAGUACCUGCUGCUGGAGGAGACGGAGAAGCAGGCGGUGAGGAGGGCGCUGGUGGAGGAGAGGAGUCGCUUUUGCUGCUUCGUGUCCAUGCUGCGGCCUGUCGUGGAGGAGGAGAUGUCCAUGCUGGGGGAGAUUACGCACCUCCAGACGCUGACAGACGACCUGAAGAUGCUAACCAUGGACCCGCACAAGCUGCCCGCCUCCAGUGAGCAGGUAAUCGUAGACCUGAAGGGCUCCGAGUGCACCUGGUCCUACCAAACUCCUCCCUCGUCACCAAGCACCACCGUAUCCAGGAAGUCCAGCAUGUGCAGCAGCCUGAACAGCGUGAACAGCAGCGACUCUCGCUCCAGCGGCUCACACUGUCACUCCCCGACCUCCCACUUCCGUUAUCGCGCCUCCUCCUCCUCUUCCUCCUCGGUGCUGCCCCAGCAGACACCUGCCCGCCUCUCUUCAAUCUCCUCACACGACUCUGGCUUCAUCUCUCAGGAUGCCUACCAGUCCAAAUCUCCUUCACCGAUGCCCCCAGAGACCCUGCAGUUGACAAAUGGUUUUGACCAUCACGGAGCCCAGGACACCCACCUCCACCCUUCAUACUUCUCCUACUCCUCUCCCACCACCACUCCCAUCUCCUCGCCCUCCUGUUCGUCCGUUUCACCCACGUGGCCGUGGUCUCGCUCAGGCUGCGGCCAAUCAGGAGAGUUCCCGCCUCUCAGCCCCUCGGGGCUUGGAGUGAUCCCAUCAUCCAGAGUCCCAUCCUGGAAGGAUUGGGCCAAACCAGGCCCGUACGAUCAGCCCAUGGUUAAUACCCUGAAGAGGAGCAAGGACAGGAGAGAGACUACAGAUCCCAGCAGCCACCAGGGUGCUGAUGUCACCACACCAGGAGAGGAGCCAAACAGGGGCAAAGGAAACAACACUUCAACAUCCCCCAAGGUGGACAGGGAGACCCAUGAGGAGCUGGCCAGAGCUCUGGCCCGUGGCCUCCAGCUGGACAUCCACGGCUCCAGCAGAGAUUCCCUGCAAGGCUCCAGCGGCUACAGCAGCCAGACCAACACACCCUGCUGCUCAGAGGACACCAUCUCCUCACAGGUAUCGGACUGUGACUACUACUCUGUGGGAGCAGAUCAGGAGGUGGAGCAGCAGUCCUCAGACUUUGAUAAAUCCUCCACCAUCCCGAGGAACAGCGACAUCACCCAGUCCUACCGCCGCAUGUUUCAGUCUAAACGCCCUGCUUCCACUGCUGGCCUGCCUUCCAACCCCUCUGCUGUAAUCACCCCGGGAGUUGCUACUAUCAGACGGACACCGUCCUCCAAACCCAACUUGCGACGACCAUCCGGGGGCCUCAACCUGGGCCCCAUCCCCAUCAAGCCCCCCAUGAUCCCAGUUAAGACUCCCACUGUGCCUGAACACCCUGGAUUCCCCAGCAAAGCAGCGUCAGAAGACGGCAACACCCCGCGGACCCCGCUAAGCCCAGCCACCACUCCUCUGUCACCAGGUAGCAACGGGUCAUUGUCACCAAAGUCUGUCCCUUGGGAGACCCAGCACAUGGGCAAGGGAUCGGAUCCUCCAACCCCACCUCCACAGCCCAGCGGUCGGUCAUCAGAGUGGGAGCGUCGACCCCUCCCAGAGCUCUUGGAAGAAACAGAAUACGCUGAGGUGGAGGACUUUCUGGUGGCCAUCCGACGAGGCGUCAAGCUCAAGAAGACGACAACCAACGACCGAUCAGCACCAAUGAUUCACUGAGACUAUGAAGGUUGGUUUGAUAUGAGCCAUUUUGUGUCCCUGGCUGAAAAUACUGUUGGAAGGGACACAAAAUGGUUAAUGCUAAGUAAAAGCAAAUAGCUAUGACAUCAAAUGGAUGCCAGUAACAGGAGGAAGUUGCCCAGAGACUCUGAUUGAGGAUCAUUUUAGAAAUCUUGUCUUUUAGCAAUGAUUACAAAAAAAUGUGCAUUUUCACAGUUUGGCCAAAGAUUAAUCAUAUUUGCAUUUAAAUCAAACAAUCGUGGCAAAGACCAAGUCCAUUGUCAGCUGGGAUAGCCUCCAGCCUCACCUGCACAGGUGCGUAAGGAGUUAAAGAAAUUUUAAGUAAACUUUCCACAAAGUGUUGACUGGACUUGUUUAGGCCUAGAAAAACACAAGCACAUCUCCCUUUAAAAAUCAGUUCUAGUUCCUGCCCGAAGCCGUGCCAGGAACUCUGAUCCGAGAUCGUUUCCUCAGGGCAACUUCGAUAACAGAGCGAGGGAGAAGGGAUAAUCCUGACGACUGAGAGACGCCUGGACAAGGUCGACCUUGUAGCAGGAAAAAAAAAAAGGCUUAAAUGAAAUGAAAUCCUAAUGUUGGGGAGAAGUGAAGGUAGAAGAAGAGAACACUUCUCAGACAGACGACGCUAAGCUGGAAGGAGUGAUGGAAUAUUUUCGAAAGAUCAAAUCAUUAUUUGUAUGUACAUAUUUCUAUUUUGAUGUGUUUGUAUGUUUUACACCCUCGUAGUCUCCCAUUUCCACUAAAGGUGCCAAAAGCCUGUGUGCUGAAUACGACUUACAUAUUUAAUGCUGGAUUUUCUUUAUGUACAAACAUGAAUAGGGUGUUUGAGAGAGAGUUAUACUUGGACACCAACUGAAAGAGAAUUUGUAUAUGUAGGGCAUAGCGUAUUGAAGAGUGGCGUGUAACCAGUCGCAACUAAGGAUUUUAUGUUGUUACAGUAGACUGACCUGCAUGUAUUUACAGUUUGCCUCAGUAUAAAUGAUCCUUUUGCCUCUUAAAUCGAAUAAUAAAACCCCGGCAGCAGGAGAGGUUCAGGAGCUCUGGAUGGAACAACUCGAGGUUAAAGCUGCUGUCCAAACAACGUCCCGUCUCUGAAUUUAUAAACUGAAAACAAUACUGCAAGGCGCCGUUUGAGGUUUAUUUCCUCUCACUCCAAUUCUGUGCUUGUGAAAAGCACUUUGUGAAAUUUGAACAAUUUAAAAAUGCACAAAAAUACCGAAACACCAUUAGCAACGCAGCAUGCCCACAGCGUGCGUCAGCCAACACUCCAAGUCCAUAGCAGUGCAGUAACAGAGGCUGCUACCACAGUUUCCUCCUGUGCUACUACGUAUCUGUAGUAAAUAAAAUCAUGUGGAUUUGUGUAUUGGUCUGGUGUAAUAGAAGUGUGCUGAUUUAGGCGGCACAGAUUUAAACAGUUGUGGAUGUUAUUUUAGUGAAGUUACUACUCGGUCAGUGCUUCAAUUAUUGGCCUGUGACCUGCAGUAACCUGAUGUUUAAUGCUUAAUAUCUAAAACGCAGAAAAUCUGGUCUAUGUUGUAUAACUCAGUCGUAGUUAGCACUUUUUACUAAAUAAUGAAAUGUGCAGUGUGCACAUAUUAAAUUGUGUGUAAGCCAGAAAUGUGUACAAGUCUAAGGAUAGCCGACUUCCCAAAAAUGCCAAAUGACUGCCCUGAAAGAGCAAGACGGUUGAACACAGUCACACUUUGGAAGGCUGAAAGUGGUUGGUUGACCUCCCCAGUAUUCUGCCUGCAAGUAUAAAUGGUGUCAUGUAUAAAAAUCUCCUCUACAGAUCUAAAGAGAGGAGAUGCACAACAUGCUGGUUUGGAGUUUAGCUUGUUUUUAGUCCCAAGCUGUUUCUUACUAGCCUAAAAACACCAACUGUUCAGUGUGUGGAGGUCUUUGAGGUGGUGUGGGACACGCUGUGGUAACCAUGUUGGAGGUCCAACACUUUAUACAGCUGUGAAGUCAAAUCCUUCACACUCCCAAAGCCGAUCUACAGAGUGCCGUUCACGUCUUAUUCAACUUGGUUCUGAAAUUGUCUCCAGUUCAGAGACUGCUCGGAAAAAAUGAACAAAAGUAAAGUCAAAUUAUUAUUAACACCCACUUCUAUUUAAGCUUUGAUAUAUUAUCACUUAGAAAAGUGGUUCUACUAGUAGUUCUGUAGUGCCUCACACUUACAGAUCGGUAUUUUACAAAAAUUAAGAUCUGAUGCUGGUGCACGACUGCACGAGUUCAUCCCAUCAAAUUUAGAGAUGCCAUUAAAAAUAAUCAAUAGCUGUCAAUGAUUGGUUAGAACAAAGCUCUAAUUGAUGUUUUUAAAAACAUUGUGACCCUCAGCUGCCUGUGGACCUCCACAGUGGUACCACAUGAGGCCGAUGUGACCCACCAGGAGAUCCUCUUAGCUGCACACAAUCAGACCCUGCUGCAUACUAAUAUUAAUAUAAGUCCAGUAAUUAUGUAUACUUUAACUGUACUAGCUUGUUAAUACAUGUCAGAUUUUAGCUGUCAGCAAGCUGAAAUACACUAAAACUCCCAUUUCUACCCAAUAGCACUGCUAAUAUGUAGUCACCACAUAAUUAUUACGUGCUUUAAGUAUUUAUUAAUUUAAAUAUUCCCAUCUUUUUCAUUUGACCUGUUGAGCAUAUAAAACCUAUUAACAAGACUAUAUUUAAUAUGCAUGUCGUCUUUCGUUUGCUUUGUUUAGCUGAGCAGAAUGAUUUAUUAGUCUGCUUCUCUCCUCUGUUGAUCCAACUCUUCUGGACCAGAAUGCAUUUUAGAUUCCUGCAGGAUGCAGAAACGUUUCAUGCUGUGUGUGACGGUUGUUUGACGCCCUGUACGAUGACCGGAGCCGGCUUCGUUUUUUUAAAAUCCAGGCUCAAUCUCCUGUGCAGGUUUACAAAUCCAGUCGUGUGUGGCUGACGCGAUAACAAGCGUAUGAAGCUGAGUGUUUGAGCUGUGAAGACUCUGUAAAUGUGUUUGUCACCAAUGAUCCGAGUGAGGCCGACACACACUGAGGAUCAGAGGAGCGUUAGAAUUCCCGUCUGUCAAAGCUGGAAAAUGAUUCGUUUAAAUGUGUCAAAAAUUCAGAGCACACCAGGUUAGAAAAACCAAGUUAGAUGAAAAGCCAGCGAUCCGGUCCUCAGUGUGUUUAGACGCCACUCUUGUCCCCGAGCUGUAAACACAGCAGCUGUCAGUGUGUCCGUUUAACCCUUUAAACUUUAGCCUUUCAUUUUCAGAUGAGUUGCCAAAUGUCUUACCGUAUACGCUUAAAGAAGCUCUGGGUUUGAUUUCUUUGUAUAAUACUCCUACUUCAGGUGCUCUCCUAUAAUUAUGAGGUUUCCCUCGUGCAUUUCCUCAACAGAUGCAGCCACUUUAUUUGAUGGAAAGUAUCAGAAUUAGAAUUUUGGCUCUUAGAUUAAUUAUCAUCAUAGUCUCGGGUGCGCUUUUUUAGUCAGUUAUCAUUUAUUGCACAAUAACAAAAAAGCCUAUUAAAAAUAUUUCAAAUAUCUUUCUUGUAAAUUUGAAGUAUUAUGAUUUCCCUUAUUCUCUGUCAGAUAUACACGUACUGUGGUGGAUUCUCAUUUUAAACGUGGCCACAGAUUCAGAUAUGAAGUCAGUGUUUGUUUUAUGCUCUCAGAUCUGUCAGGCACUGAGAGAGAGACCCCUCAGCACGUUUAAACCCCACCCACCUGCCGUUGAACCUUCUGUUUGCCGGACCCAUCCAAUCAGCAGAAAGCUGGCUUAAAGGUAUCUUAAAGAGGGAGGAGCCAGAGUGAAAAAUGCAUUUUAUAAAUCACAGAUUGAUUGAGGCCUAAACUUUGGGACAGCAGUCCUUUACUUCCCCAGUUUGCUCUUACGAUGGUAAAUAAAAGGCGGAUUUUAAGGCAAACCGCAGCUCUUAUUAAAAAGCUUUAAAUUAGAUUUACAACAACAGCGUACAGUGUGUCUGCUCCAGUUUUGAUUUAUACUCAUAAAAGUUAUUAUCCGCUAAUGGGAUGGGCGUCUUUGUAGUGAAAUGUCAAAAACUAAAUCUGUUAAUAAUUCAGGAUUGAGGUUGAAAUUAACAGCUUUACCAACAUCACUCACUCACUACAAUAAUCACUUUUUUUAAGCCGAUAUACAAGUGAGGUUUAAUUUUUAUUGAUUUUAAUAAAAGUAAUGGCACAUGAAUGUAACUUUUUACUGACAAAUUUCCCACUAGCCUUGAACUCAGCAUGGCUCCUGUAAGAACAGCAACUUUCCUCCAUCUCAUUUCAGCCGUUUUUUAAAAACGUGAGGAAACAUCGAGCAGGUUUUAUUAAAAUCAUAAAUCUCCAGCAGGUACAGACCUUUCUAGCGCUGUGACGAACUCACUCCUGCCUGUGGUGCUAGAAGUAAAAAAGCUUUUUUAUUUAAUUUUUUUUACUACUUUUGUAAUUCUGUAAAUUCUGCUUCAUGUUCCUGAAUAUUAAUCAUCUUUUUCUAUGUAAACCGGUUUUUUGUUGGAUCUUGGCUGUAAAAUAAAAUUGUAGCGUUCGAUGUGCACCUGAUGACGAGGGAAACCUGCGCUUUGCUUUUAUCGUUUUCGCAUCUAAGACUUCGUUUCUAUUUAACUUCAUGAGGCUAAAGUAGGAAACCUUUAGUUUGACUGUGAGCUUGGGCUUGAGAAGAUAAACGAUUGGUUAUCUUUGGUCCUACUUUUUCAUGCAAGACGUUUUGAUUGUCCCUUAAUAAACUUAUCGAGUACUGACAAAUAA